AUGGAUAUGCUGCUCUUUGGCCGCGAGGUUGGCGGUAUAAUCACGCGCAUCUGCGAGGCCGUGGCGGCCAAAGAGCUGGCCGUCGGCUGCCGCGUCUUCUGCAUGAUGAAGCAGGCAUACUAUACCUAUAUCACCACUCCUACCGGCUUCUGCACUCGCAUCCCCGAUAGUCUCGGAUGUGGCAAGGCGGCACCGACGCUCAUUCCGUACGUUACGGCGCUGCAUGUGCUUGUCAACGGGUUGUUGUGGAGGUUUUAA